AUGAAACUGACACUAAAUAGUGAGAACAUCUGUACACCCAACAGCACAGGGAGACGACAUAACAAAAACACUGACUGUCAAAACUCGCGGUCCCUCUUCAGUACGGAAGUUUUCCCUCGUCGACUUCCUUCCUGCUGUUCCUCCAGCAGCACGGCGAACUUGGAGCAGACAGAAGACGACCCAAAACACGCAAAAAUGUCCACCGAAGUCUCAAUUUUAACCAAGCCGACAGCAAACGGACAAUUGGGGGCAGGCGGCGGAGACACAGGCGCGUUCCCAAGUCUGAUCCCGUCGUUCGCUGACGCGUGCAAGUUGGUGUCCGCGCCGUACUCGUGUCUGGUCACGGACACGCACAGAAGACAUAUUGCCCUGUCACCCAUGUACCUGAAUAAGAAACGGACAGGGAUCCAAGAGGAACUGAACACGGAACUGCUAAGAUACUCAGAAACUCUGAAGGGCGUGCCUCUGGCCUAUGAUGACGUCAGUUUGCUGCAGCAGCAUGGAGAAAUCUACGACGAUAACGGAUACAUUCACCUCGACAUACAGGCCAACUUUGUCAUCUUCCAACCCCAGAGAGGACAUAAACUACUGGGUAUAGUUAAUAAGCUUGGUGUGAGUCACGUGGGCUGUCUAGUCCAUGGCUGUUUCAACGCCAGCGUUCCGAAGCCAGCCCACGUCACCAUCGACACCUGGAGGGAGGCAGGACCCAGGAUAGGGGCAGAGCUGGAGUUUGAGGUCUGUCAGCUAGAUGCAGACACAGUCGGCGUACUGCUGAUCAGAGGAAGACUUGACAGGACACGGGUUCAGGAGCUGAUGGCAGCUGGAGAGAGUUCUGAUCCUACUGACCCCGCAGAACAGCUGGAGGAACCAGACACAGAACCUGCUCUAGAACCCAACCAGGACUCGCCCGAUGCCACCGUCAAACCCAAGAAGAAGAAGAAAAAGGAGAAACGCAGAGAGGAGGUGGCUUUAGUAGCAGCCCCCGGAGACGCUGUGCACGGAACAGCAGAGGACAGCAGCACUAGCAGCCACACGGAAGAGAGGAGGAAGAAAAAGGAGAAACGACAGAAAGAGGAGGAUGUGGAGAGAGAAGUGGAUGAGAGGGGUCCUGUGGAGUUGCAGGGGAGCGACUCCAGCGGUUACCUUAGUGACAAGCCAAACAGGAAGAGGAAACAGGGUAUUGAUAUCACGCCCUGUCUCCAUGGAGAUCCUGAAACGCCCAAAACUAAGAAGAAGAAAAAUAAAUGAUGUGACUGAAAGACUGAAGCAAGAUAAUUUAGUGAAACUGGAUGAACAUUACAAGAUGAUGAUGAUGACUAAUGGAGUGCCUUAAGUAGACCUGGUGACUUAGUUUGAUUACAGCUUCAGUCCUGUAUUGUCUCCCAUAUUGUUGGGGUGAUUCGUGACUCUCUCUUCAUUCAGCUCUUUGUGUAGUUCCCUUGAGAAACCUGCAGAGGGAGCCAAGUCACUUCUAGAAGCCUCAAGUGUGGCUCAUGGUAAAGCACUCCAGUGUUUGUUAGCCAGGCUUUACCCUUCUAGCUACGGCUAGAACACAUCAACAUGCUGUAGGGCUGUUCAUCAUGGCUUAACCAGUGUGUUAAAGUCUUCAAAUCUCAAAUGGCACCCUAUUCCCUACAUGGUGCACUAGUUUGGGCCAGGGUCACAUAAGGCUAUCAUAUAGGUUCCUUGCCAAAAGUAGUGCGCUGUGUAGGGAAUUAGGGUUUCAUUUGGAACAGAGAUGGUGUUUGUUGUGCUGUUCUCAAGGCCCCAGACAAAGGGAAAGAUGUUGCCAGUGUCUAGUCCUUCUACUUGUGUAUAGGUGACACAUUGAAGACUUCAGCAAAGCAGAGAAAAGUGUAUUAAUUCAUUAAAUAAUGAUGUAUUUGUGA